GCCUUAACAACCAAUCAGAUUCCACGAGAAUACGAGAAAGCACCUGCUUCACAUGGAUGGUGAAGAUAUAACAAAUUUUUGCUGAUUCAAACUCAACAAACAUGGAAUGCUCAAAAGAACUUGCGUGGCAAUCCAAUAGAUUGUUUGAGGAGACUAACUGGCGAAUGUUGCAAGAUGAAAGACUUUGUGAUGUCACAUUUCUUGUUGGAAGCGGGAAGGAAGAGAAAAUAAUGGCGCACCGAUUCAUAUUAGCAAGCAGAAGUACUGUCUUCUUUACAAUGUUUUGUGGAUCACUUCCUGAGAUCAAUAAAACAGUUGAUGUUCCUGAUAUUGAACCUGCUAUAUUCCGCGAUUUGUUAAGGUUUAUUUACACGGAAGACUGCAGCGUUAACGAGAAUAAUGUAAUGGCUCUACUAUACUGUUCAAAGAAGUAUGGAUUGGAACGCCUCAGAGAAGCAUGUCAAAAGUUUCUGAACACAAAUAUUUCUUCAGACAACGUUUGCACAAUUUUACAACAUGCAAAUCAAUUCGACGAAGAUGAAUUAGAAAACAGAUGCCUUACGUUUGUGACGGAGAACGCUAAGACAGUGUUAAAAUCGGAUGGUUUGUCUACUAUUUCUAAAGAAGUUUUAAAGAAAAUUAUAGAAUCAGAUGAACUUUAUGUAGAUGAAUUAUUUGUGUACAAUGCAUGCAAGAAAUGGGCAAUUGCACAUUGUAAAAGUAAAAGUGAUACUCAUGAGCAUUCAGAGCUAGAGCAAAGGCGUGAGUUAGGGGACCUCAUAUAUUCAGUGCGGUUUGCUACAAUGUCGUUCCAAACAUUUGCAGAGAAUGUGGCCGUUGAAAAUAUAUUGACUUCAGAAGAAAAGGUGUUCGUUUUUCAAAAUAUAGCAGGGAUAGCUAGCAAGAACACAUCAUCUCCGUUUCAAGUAAUAUCAAAAAAUCGAAGUUAUAGAACGGAAAUUAUCGAAGUACAAAGAUUUGGCCCGAAUUAUGUUAAGCAAUGGAAUUAUGGCGGAAAUCCCGAUGUUUUGAACUUUAAAGUGUCCAUUUCAUGUAAGAUUGUAGGUGCAAGUUUGUUUGCUCCUUAUGAAGAAGGUAUUUUAGAAGGUACAAUAAGUUUGCAAAAUGACACAUCUGUAUUGAUAGCUGAAAAGAAUGUAAGGAUAAUAUAUGAGGUUUCUAAGUAUUAUGAAAUUGUUUUGUUCGACAAACCAAUCGAUAUUGAACCAGAAAGGGAAUACACUAUAUUUGCCUUACUUAGAGGUGCGAGUACAUUAAAAGGAAAUGAUGGGAAAACGAAAGUCGUUUCAGGACCACUUGAAGUUAAUUUCUCAAACAACGUUAAAAGUACAAAUAGCACAUCUCCAUCACAAGGACAAUUCCACUCAUUCUCUUUCGAGAUCAAAAAGCAACUUUAAAUUGAGUAUUAUGCAAUUACACAAACCUUUUACACAGAUAAUUAAAUAUCUAGUGAUUUUUCAACAACGCAGAUGCAGCAGUGAAUGAAAAAUGUAUUUGUUAAUAUGUUACUGUAUUCCGUUGAAUAUAGGCUCUUUUAGACAGCGAAGGAGUGUUGUUUAAUAGAGAAAUAAAGUUACAUUAAAUACCCAUAACCUUGAGUUGUAAACAAUUUUAAUUCAAAAUUAUUUAAAGUGUGUUUCUUUUGUUUUCUUAAUUGCUUAAAGACGCAUUUUAUGAAUAUAGAAAA